CUCCCUCUCUCGGGUGCCCCUCCCCCUCCCUCUUGGGCGAGAGCUACGCGGCGGCGCCGAGGCCUCCUGCCCGCUAACGGCCAUUCCCCCUUCUCUCAUCUCCGCCGCGGCGGUAGCAGCGACUGAGGCUUCCUCGUCCCCUCCGGCUCCUUGGUUGAGCGGUGACCGCGGCGGCCCCUUCGGGCCAUCCAAAGAAUUGAAACUUGACCAAGAUGAACCAUCUAUUUAGGAGGAGGGAAUAGAACGAGGAUCUUCCACAGACUGUCAGAAGAGAGGAUCUCAGCAAUUAUUCACUAUACCUGAAAAUAGAUGACUUAAUUAACAAAGAUUACUGAAGGAAAAAUUUGGAAUCAUUAGGAGGAUUUAGGUACGACUACUGUCACAACUAGUGGAAAAUUGUCUAAGGAUGAAGAACAGGUGAAGAAUCUGAUUUGGACCCUCACAUCAGGGAAGGCAAAAUAGGAGUGAGGAGAAGGUUACAUUAACAAUUGCACACACGCUGAAUGUAAAUUUGAAGUAAGAAGAGUUAAUGUACAAAGAGAUUCAGAAGAGAGCCUGCCGUUUUGGAGGGAUCCUUUGUGAAAGAAUCAUGGGAGGACAUAAGUGCCAAAGCUCCUAGAAGAUGGCAGAAGAGGUGGUGGUGGUAGCCAAAUUUGAUUAUGUGGCCCAGCAAGAACAAGAGCUUGACAUCAAGAAAAAUGAAAGGCUUUGGCUAUUGGAUGAUUCCAAAUCCUGGUGGAGAGUUCGAAAUUCUAUGAACAGAACUGGUUUUGUGCCUUCUAACUAUGUUGAAAGGAAAAACAGUGCUAGGAAAGCUUCUAUUGUAAAAAAUCUAAAGGAUACUUUAGGUAUUGGAAAAGUGAAAAGGAAACCCAGCGUACCAGAUUCUGCAUCUCCUGCUGAUGACAGUUUUGUUGACCCUGGAGAACGUCUCUAUGACCUCAACAUGCCUGCUUAUGUGAAAUUUAAUUACGUAGCAGAGAGAGAGGAUGAAUUAUCUUUGACAAAAGGAACGAAGGUGGUUGUCAUGGAGAAAUGCAGCGAUGGCUGGUGGCGGGGGAACUAUAGUGGACAGGUUGGAUGGUUUCCUUCAAACUAUGUGACUGAAGAAAGCGAGAGUCCUUUGGGUGACCAUAUGGGCUCCUUAUCAGAGAAAUUAGCAGCAGUUGUCAACAAUUUAAAUAGUGGACAAGUGUUACACGUGGUACAAGCUCUUUACCCAUUCAGCUCCUCCAAUGAUGAAGAGCUAAAUUUUGAGAAAGGAGAAGUGAUGGAUGUUAUUGAAAAACCUGAAAAUGACCCUGAAUGGUGGAAAUGUCGGAAGAUGAAUGGGCAAGUGGGCCUGGUGCCAAAGAACUAUGUUACUGUCAUGCAAAAUAGUCAGCUAACCUCAGGACUGGAACCAUCACCUCCACAAUGUGAUUACAUUGGCCCAUCAGUCACUGGCAGAUUUGCUGGCAACCCAUGGUAUUAUGGGAAAGUCACUAGACAUCAGGCAGAAAUGGCAUUGAAUGAAAGAGGGAAUGAAGGGGACUUCCUCAUUCGGGAUAGUGAAUCUUCACCAAAUGAUUUCUCAGUAUCUUUGAAAGCACAAGGGAAAAACAAGCAUUUUAAAGUCCAGUUGAAAGACACUGUUUACUGCAUUGGACAGCGUAAAUUCAGCACCAUGGAAGAACUUGUAGAACAUUAUAAAAAGGCACCAAUUUUUACAAGUGAACAAGGAGAAAAAUUAUAUCUCAUCAAGCAUUUAUCAUGAUAGAAAGAUGAUCGGAAAAACUGCUGAAAAUUUCAAAUUAGAAAUAUAAUUGAAGACUAAGAAGAUAUUGAUCCAUUCAUGCCAGACUGGAAAUUGAUGUUUUUAACUCUAUAUGAAAUUGACUAUAAUACAUAUGUAUUUUUAUUAUAACUUAGCACCUGCACAUAUAUGCCAUUUUAUGUUAAAAAAGAAAAAAAGCUUUGUAAAGCAAUUGCUUCCAUCCUGAUUUUCAGCUUUAUUUUCACUUUUCCUUUUUCUUGUUUCCAGUAAUAAGUUCUCUAUUUUUAAAUGAUCAUUUUAGUGAAGGACAGACAUCUUUAAAUUAUAGACAUUCUAAAUUACUUAUCCUUUAUUUUUCUAGUGGGGUUAUCAUAUUAGGCAAUUGCUUUUGUCACACUAUCUCUUGAAGUAUACAAAUAUUGUGUCCCUAUAAUGAAAUACUCUAAAAUAAUUUCCCCCAGAAAUAAUAAUUUUUUCUAUGUAAGACUGAAGAGCAAUAAUCACUGGAAAAGAUUAGCGAUAAUUUCCAGGUGCCAUUUUCCUCCUAAGCCAUUGUAAAUACCAAAUAAGCUUGUCUGUCAUUAUUUUUCAAAAUUCAUUCACUGCUUUUGUUUCAUGUAAAACAUGAAGAUUGGAAGAAAUUCUGUGGAGUUUUAAUUUACAGCUAUUGAGGGGGUAGGGGGAAACACCCUAAAGAAAUGAAUUAGCCUUUUCUGAUUAUUCUUCAUCUGUUACUUGUGUGGAAACAAAGCAAUCUCUGUGAGAUACAUUUAGCUUUUAAAAGGAGAAAUGAACUCUGUCACUUUUUCCAAACGGUUUCCCUUCAGGAUUUAUUCUGUGCCAAUGAAAAAUAAGAUAUGACAAAGUUUGGGGGAAAAGAAUAAACUGUAAGAUACUUUUUCCUAGGCAACAUCAACAGUUACCAGAUGUAUUUAAAAAAAAAAAAAGUCUUACUUUCUGCUUUCUUGUUUCAAUAGGAGACAGACUUGACCUGAACCCUGAAUCUAGUGUUUUGUUCUCAAAUAUGCCUUACUUUGAAGAAUUUGUGAAUUGUUCCUACUUUUCUGUGGAAGAAACAGAACUUACUCAUUUAGUUAUGGGUUUUAUUUUAAAGUCUAUUUUUGUAGAUGCUCUUAAUUGAGUUUUUUUCCCCCUAACCAAGCACAUUGAUUUCUGAUGGAAAUAUGAGGCAUGGCUAUAGUGAUUAGACUUAAUUCUGUGUGCCUCAUAGGAAAGUUGGUAUCAUUAUAUUAUAGGUACACCUUGUCAGAUAUUUUUAUUUUACUUACAGAUUAAAACCUGAAUAUUUAAGCUAGAUAGCUAAUUGAAAAUGCUUAUCAAAAUUAAAAUUGGUUAUUUAUUAAAGCUACUUAGUAAAUGGUAAAGAAUCAGUAGAAAUAUGAAUAAUGACCCAUAUUUUUAGAAUUUUAAGGUGAGUUUAUGAGCCUUUUGUUUUUUUUAGACAGAAAUUCUUCAGUGGUCCUUAAAUAUGUGAACUGUUUAUCAUUUUGUGUCUCUACAUGUUAUCCAGACACUUAAUGAACCAAAAGAACUUUAAAAAAUUGAAGUCUGUAAAUUUAAUUCAGUUUUGAAGAACAUAAUUAUCUUAAAUAUGAUUUUGUCUUCAAGUUAUUUAUUACUUUAGUGUUGCCACUGGGUGGCAGUCCUAGCUUCAGAAACUUUGCUAGAACUUUCCAAAUGUUAUGAAGGUGGUGCUGUUAAGGUGAUCAGAAUUUUUCUGCUUUUGUAGCCUAGUUAAUAUUGAUCUUUCUAACUCAGUGACAUUUUGUUUAUAAAAGGUAAUUGUUUUUAGGGAAGUUUAAUAGUAAUAAUUGUAAUGGUAUGCUUACUAUUUUUACAAACCACUUAUUAGGAAUAUCAGUAGAACAUAAGGCACACCAAUUAAUAUUUCUGCACUUUUACAGAAAUACCCAUCAGGAAUGAGCCUCAGUUCCUUCAUAUGUGAGAUGAAGAGAUUAGACUAGACACUCUACAGAUCUUUAAUAUUCUGUUAAAAAAAAAAAAAGACAUAGUUCUAGUCACUGAAAACAUGCCUGACAUCUUUUUACUUUUUAAAUAAUUGCUAUUAAAAAUAAUCUGUUUAGGUAAAAUAUAUCUUUAUUGUGGAAAUGAUGUUUUUUGAAUAAUGGGAGAUUAAUGCUCAGACUUGAUCGUCAUGACUCCGUUCUCUUCUCAUGUAUUUCAUUGUUAAACAAAUAGGUUUUUAAGAAAAAUGCUGAGGAAUAAGCAUCAUCAUCAGAAAUUUCUUGACACAACUAGAUCAUUGUUGCUAAACAACUGCACAUAGAUCUGUUGCUAAAAUUCUUAUGGAGGUCUAUGAUGUCCAUAUUUCUUGUUACAUCCUUUCUUACAGGAUAAAGAACAUGCCAAAGUGAACCACUGAUUUAUACCAGUCUGCUGAAAUAUUUUUACAGAAGCCUAAAACACCUAAGUGAUACAAUAUGCAAUUUUUUUGUGUAAUCUUCUUUGCUCUUUUUAUAUCAUUGCCACAUCCUAGCAUCCCUCUCCCCUCAUAGACAGAAACCUCCCUUGUAACAAAAGUAGUAACAAGCCAACACUUUGAUCAUGUCUGAAAGUAUAUGCAGCAUUCUAUAUUGAUAGUCCGUCAUCUAUUAAAAAGAACACAAUAUAUUAUUGAGCUUAGAAAAAAUGAAUUGGAAGAACUCCGCAGCAUAGACAGACAUGAAUGAACUGAUGUGAAUAUAAGUAAGCAGAACAUAAUAAAUGGCUUAUCAACAUUUUAAUUGGGGGACAUACAUGAAGGGGAAGAACAAACACAUAACACAAACUUCAUUAUGAGAAAAAUAUUGAAAACAUGCAUCUUUUUUUCUUUGUAGAGGUGAGAAACUUGAGUUUGAAGCAUUGCAUAUAUUAUAAAACUCAGUGUCAUAGUUUUGCUGGAUUUUUUCUCUUUUAUUCUUGAAAGCUGGAGAUUGAGUAGAGAAUGGAGAAGAGAUAUGUUCAGAAAUGAAGGUGAUGUAAAAAAUACAUAGCAAUAAAAGUUGAGGGGGAAAAUAAAAUGUUCCAACAGUCCUUGGCAAUCAAAA